UUCCCUCAACGAAACCUAACGCCCACUUAUAUAAAUAUUUCCGGUUCCAUAAUUCCGGUGAAUAAGAUUGCUUCCGAUAAAAAAACAAAAAAGACAAAGGACGAGUUAGGAGUAGCGCUGCACAUUUGAUCACUUUAAGGAACAAGUCGAAUAAUUGGUAACAAAACCCUAACUGUAAUUAAAUGGAGACGCACGGCGGAGGAACCCUCCGUUACCGCAGCUCUCAGUCCCCUUCACCUUCCCACUCCGCUUCCGCCUACGCCACCUCUUCCAUCCACAAGCGCAAGCGCGCGUCUGAUGACCACGCGCCUCCCUUUCCCCCUUCUUCCUUCUCCGCCGACACGCGCGACGGCGCCCUCACCUCCAAUUACGACCUCGAGAGCAUCUCCGCCCGCGGCGCCGACUACGACAACGAUUCCUCCAUGCGCACCUUCACCGCUGCAAGGCUCAGCAACCCUCCCUCCGCUCCACGCAACACCAAGCUCAAGACCGAUAAUUCCAACGUUAAGAUCGAGAAUUCCGAUGGCGCCAAAGACGCCGCACCCGCCGGGACUGGUGCCGUCGGCGCCGCCGCCACCGGCGGCUCCGUCCCCGGCAUCGUGGUUAAGGAGGACGCAACUAAGAUAUUUACUGAUAAUUUACAAACUAGUGGUGCUUACAGCGCUAGGGAAGAGAGUCUCUGGAGAGAGGAGGAAGCAGGAAGGCUCAAAUUCGUAUGCUAUUCGAAUGAUGGCAUUGAUGAACAUAUGAUUUGGUUGAUAGGAUUGAAGAAUAUAUUUGGUAAGCAACUUCCAAAUAUGCCCAAGGAGUACAUUGUCCGACUUCUUAUGGAUAGGAGUCAUAAGUCUGUAAUGGUCAUAAGGCGUAAUCAUGUUGUUGGAGGCAUUACAUAUCGCCCAUAUGCAAGCCAGAAGUUUGGUGAGAUAGCCUUUUGUGCAAUUACAGCUGAUGAGCAAGUAAAAGGUUAUGGUACCAGAUUGAUGAAUCACUUAAAACAGUAUGCACGUGAUAAAGAUGGGUUGACACAUUUUCUCACAUAUGCUGACAAUCAUGCUGUUGGCUAUUUUAUCAAACAGGGAUUUACAGAAGAGAUUCACUUGGAGAAAGAUCGAUGGCAAGGUUAUAUAAAGGAUUAUGACGGGGGGAUUCUCAUGGAAUGCAAGAUUGAUCCAAAGCUCCCUUACACUGAAUUGUCACCUAUGAUCCGUCGUCAAAGGCAGGCAAUUGAUGAAAAGAUCAGAGAGCUGUCAAACUGUCACAUUGUUUAUACUGGAAUUGAUUUUCAGAAGAAAGAAGCUGGUAUUCCCAAAAAAAUUAUUGAGGACAUCCCUGGUUUGAGAGAGGCUGGAUGGACUCCUGAUCAGUGGGGUCAUUCACGAUUCAGAACUGUAAGUGGUUCCACUGACAGUUUGACCGCAUUUAUGCGUUCCCUUCUAAAGUCAAUGCACGAUCAUGCUGAUGCUUGGCCGUUCAAGGAACCAGUUGAUGCACGGGAUGAUUAUUAUGACAUCAUCAAAGAUCCAAUGGAUUUGAAGACAAUGACUAAGAGGGUGGAGUCAGAGCAAUAUUAUGUCACAUUUGAGAUGUUUCUUGCGGAUGUCAGAAGAAUGUUUGCGAAUGCACGCACUUAUAAUUCUCCAGAAACCAUUUAUUACAAAUGUUCUACAAGGCUUGAAGCUCACUUUCAAUUGAUGGGCUAUUCCCCUUGGUAUAAUGCUGUCAUUUUUCAUACUUUAUUGGCGGUGUUAUGGGAAAAGGAAACAUGGAUCCCGGUGGCUAUUACCUUUAUACAGCAGCAAUAAAAAUGGUCCAAAUAGGCCAAGAACUGACUAAAACCUAUGAUAACUGAAGUUGCAGACAUGCUUUAAGAAUUUGGUAUGCUGCUCUCAUAAAUUCAUUCCUUUUUGGCGACCUUUUUCUUUUUUUUUGUACAUGGAGCCCGCCUGCCCCCUUCUUCUUGAAAAGUUCUUUUGCACAGAAGAGUCUAAAAAAAGGUUAUCAGAGGGUGAUUGACCUCUUUGGCAGCUUCUGUAACUUUAGCAUAUUCAAAAAUGUUCUUUGCUUCCACAACAUGUUGAUUUUACAAAUGAUUAUUACUUGGCAGUUAUUUAUGUUAGAUCUUAGAUUAAAUUGGAUUUAGAUGCAUAUGUUGUGUCCACCAUCUCAUGUAUUGACUGGUAAACAGGUAAAUUCAAACAAGAAAG